AUGGCAUCUCUCGUCACUUUCGCUAUCCUUGCCGCGGGCUUAGGUCAAACAUAUGCCCAAUCAACUGUGACGGUUAACGUCGCUUCCACGCUACAGCAGAUAGAUGGCUUCGGUGUGUCGCAAGCAUUCGGGCGCGCAGCUGAGUUCCGAGAUCUUCUAUCUGGGGACCUUCAAAAGCAAGGCCUUGAUUACUUAUUCAACACUACCACUGGGGCAGGGUUGACCAUAAUUCGAAACCGGAUUGGUUCUGGCACGACGAAUGACGACAGCAUCUUACCUAAAAGCCCCGGCGGGCCUACUGCGGCUGCCAACUACAGUUUCAAUGACGAUGACCGUGGCCAAGUUUGGUUCAGUCAACAGGCUAUGAAAUAUGGUAUCAAGACUAUCUACGCCGAUGCUUGGAGCGCACCGGGUUUCAUGAAGACCAAUAACAACGAAAACAACGGGGGUUAUCUCUGUGGGACACCAGGCCACACUUGUUCGUCAGGGGACUGGCGUCAAGCCUACGCCGACUUCCUCGUCCAAUACGUGAAAUUCUACAGCGAACGUGGAAUUCCUAUCACCCAGCUCGGUUUCUUGAACGAACCAGAUUACGUGACAAGUUAUUCGUCAAUGCAAUCCGGCGCCAACGAGGCCUCGUCCUUUAUUCCCAUCCUAUACGAUACUCUUGACAAGAAUGGCCUUAACAACGUGUCCUUAACUUGUUGCGACGCGAUGGGCUGGAAUUCCCAGAAGACAAUCACCCAAGGCCUCGUUUCCUCUGGCAUGGAGAAGUAUUUAAAAUACAUAACGUCUCAUAUGUACACCGGCGACCCCAACUCGAUAAUUUCCACGAAAUUGAAGACGUGGCAGACAGAGGCAGCCGAUCUCCAAUCACGCUGGUGUGCCACAUGGUAUAGUAAUGGUGGUCAAUGUGAAGGCUUCACGUGGGCGAACAAAAUCCAUAAUGGGCUCGCAAAUGCCAACCUAUCUGCUUAUAUUUAUUGGCAGGGUUUGGAAGUGAAUCAAGGUCAAGCCAGUAGUUAUCUUGUCGCAAGUGACGCAAAGACAAUCACACCAUCCGGACGUCUCUGGGCCUUUGCGAUGUGGUCAAAAUUUGUUCGACCCGGGGCUUAUCGCGUCAGCACGUCAGGCAGCGUAUCCAACACCGGUAUCACGGCAUUCAAGAACACAGAUGGCUCCGUCGUCGUCGUGUUCCUCAACUCUGGGUCGCAGCAGAACGUCAAGGUUUCGUUCAAGGACUUCGUUCCAGCAACCGCGGAGGCUUUUGUCACGGAUAACACGCGAUCCGUAGCUUCGGUAGAGGCAACGCUGUCCGAUAGCACCGUUUCUGCUUCGGUCCCCUCACGUGGGAUGCUUACAAUUAAACUAACAACAGCACCGUAA